AUGGCGGAGUCGAACGCAGCGGUAAAUUCAACAAUGCAGACGGCCGUUGGUUUACUGGUAGCUAUGGCGGAAUUCAAGGAUCCGUCUCAGUGUGAAUAUCUGAUCCACACUACUGGACUUCACUCGGUGAUGAAUUGUCCAUUUAUGAACUGUGACUGGCAACUCAUGCGACUCGGUCUGACUGUCCUCCGUUGCAUAUUGGCUCACCGUCCUGAGAAGAUCACCGUUAUUGUCAACAAUCAUGGUGGUGAAUUCGUCUACCGGUUGCUAAAACGGUAA